GUUUCGGGGAGGUUGGUCGCCUGUGGAGAGAAGCGUGUGGAAGAAGCAUGGCCCGUACAAAGCAGACGGCGCGUAAGUCUACUGGAGGAAAAGCUCCUCGUAAGCAGCUGGCUACGAAGGCUGCCCGGAAAAGCGCCCCAGCCACCGGUGGCGUGAAGAAGCCCCACCGCUACCGCCCAGGGACCGUCGCCUUGCGGGAGAUCCGCCGCUAUCAGAAAUCCACGGAGCUCCUCAUCCGGAAACUUCCCUUCCAGCGCCUGGUGAGGGAGAUCGCCCAGGACUUCAAAACCGAUCUUCGCUUCCAGAGCUCGGCUGUCAUGGCCUUGCAGGAAGCCAGCGAGGCUUACCUGGUGGGCCUGUUCGAAGACACCAACCUGUGCGCCAUCCACGCCAAGCGGGUCACCAUUAUGCCGAAGGAUAUCCAGCUGGCGCGCCGUAUCCGCGGAGAGAGGGCUUUAGUAGCGAUGUCUGGUCGUGGCAAAGGCGGGAAGGGUCUCGGCAAAGGGGGUGCUAAGCGCCACCGGAAAGUGCUGCGAGAUAACAUCCAAGGCAUUACGAAGCCGGCUAUUCGCCGCUUAGCUCGUCGGGGAGGUGUCAAGCGUAUCUCGGGCUUGAUCUACGAGGAGACCCGUGGGGUGCUGAAGGUCUUCCUGGAGAAUGUCAUCAGGGAUGCCGUGACUUAUACCGAGCACGCAAAAAGGAAGACGGUGACCGCCAUGGACGUGGUGUACGCCUUGAAGCGCCAAGGGCGCACCCUGUACGGAUUUGGUGGCUAAAAUUCAAUUUGGAAACA